ACAUUUAUUGUAAUUUGAAAUUGAGAGGCCAGUCAAAGAAACCCGCGGACUUUGCGUUUCCGAUGUUACUUGUAGAUUUCCUGAGUGUUAUCUCAGGAAGUGUGUUUCUUCUUGGAAUAGUUUCGACAGAAUCAAGGACCUAUGUAGUGCGUAAUCUACCUUUUGAUGGAGUUGUAGAUAGUUUCUCAGAUGCUGUUAGCCUAUUUGGGCCCGAAGUUUUCCACAGAGAUGGUUACUUAGUGAUCGCCAGCCCAAUUAACGGAUGUUCGUUAAUUCAGCCUCCACCCAUUAAUAUUAGCUCAGGAGAAUUUAACAAGAAUUCAUCUGUAUCUUUUGUCUCUUAUUUUGCUUUAAUUCAACGCGGUGGAUGUGAUUUUGAUUUAAAGGUGUUGAAUGCUCAGAAGAAAGGCUAUACUGGAGUUAUAGUUUUUAACACAAUAAAUGACAAAAUAUUUCCUAUGAACGGCGGGGAACGUGCCAGUCAAAUUUUAAUUCCGUCUGUUAUGGUAGAUAAACGUGCUGGGUUAAAAUUAAUGAAUUAUUCUGUCAAUAGUUCUAUUAAUGGCUCAAAAGAAUUUAUGAUAAGUAUCGUAAGCUUUUAUGGUUUACCAUUGAAAUAUGUACUUCUUGCACUUUUGAUUGUUGUUGGCAUUUCAUUGCUGAUCCUUGUAAUUGCAUUCACUAUUCAUUUAUGCCGAUUUUGGCGUCGAAUACGUCGUGGUCGUCUAUCACGACGACAUUUACGUCAAUUAGUUUUAAAACGUUUUAAAAAAGGUCUGGAUCCAUAUGAUGUAUGUUGUAUAUGUCUAGAGGACUAUGUGGAUCGAGAUAAGCUACGCCUAUUACCUUGUCAACACGCUUUUCAUAUGAAAUGUAUUGAUCCCUGGUUACUAUGUAAUCGUCGACGUUGUCCAAUAUGUAAUCAGAUAGUUGAAUUACCCGGCGCACCUUCAACAUCCGAUGAAACUGAAACAGUAGAACCUAAUAAUAAUAAUGGUUUCUUACUAUACAUACCAAGAAGAUUAUUGAAUCUCAUUAGACGUCAUCCUCAUGAAUCAAUGAGUUCUAGACGCCAUUCGGUAGAAUCCGAUCAAUCUAAUGAACAUUAUCAAAUUGAUGAAGAGCAUACUCCGUUACUACAAACUGAUGCUUGUAGCGAUAAUGUCAUACAUAAUUCUCCCCUGAUAUCAAGACGCCCUGAAAUUCAUUCUUCAUUACAAGUUGAUGAAGAUGAUGAAAUGUUACGUUCAGAUUUAGUUGAUCUAAAACAAUCAUCUGGUCGAUCAAGUUCAAGUCCACCGGCUAUUGAAUCUUUGAAUACUUGUAAUGAUUUAAAUAAUGAUCCUUUCAAUAUAUUCCCAUCAACAUCAUCAUCACAUUUAAUUCAACAAAAGUUAUCUCCAAAUUCAUUAGCAUCAUCUAUUGAAUCAAAACGAAAUACGCUUGAAUUACCUCAAAUGGACAUCACAGUUACAUCAACUAUAUUACCAACUACAUCAGAGAUGAAAACUGAAGAUACAGGAGAUGAUGUAUUAAUCACUGAUGUCAAUGUAAAAACCGUAUAAAAAAUUAUUCAUAUUUAUUUGGAUUAAAUGGUAUUCUACAAAAUUUGAUAAUAAUGAGAUUUAUAAUAACCACUUUAUUAUUGUAUCCAAGUGAAUACUCAUACAGUAUAUAUAUAUACAUAACAGUAAUCUUUGUUAUUUAACAUGUUUUCUUGAUUUCCAGUUAUUUUCAUUGAAAUAAGUGUGCAUAUUAAUAAACUAUUACUUGAUCGUAAUAAUAGCAAGAGUAAUUGUUUAUAUUAUUUCUAACUGUUCUAACUAAAGAUAUACUUAUUAUUAUUAUUAUUAUUAUUAUUAUUAUUAUUACGCUAUUUCAAAUAGAUUAAAAAGGCAACAAUAUUGUGUUCAUGUUCACAUCAAUUAAUUAAACGUAACUACUUUAGUUCUUCCUGCCAAUUUGUAUGUAUGUCUGUGUGUGUAUGUAUGUAUGUAUACGUCAUACAAAAUUAAUUUCAUACAGAAGGAAAUCUUAUUUUAUUAAGUUUCCCUGUAAUAAUAAUAAUCAUCAUAACUACUCCCGUCAGAUUCUUUUCGCUCUGAUGUUUUUUUUUGUUAAUUCUCGUUUCUUUUUUUUUAAUCAAUUACAUUCAGCGUUUCUCUCUUAGUUACUAUUAUUAUCAUAUAUUUUUUGCAAAAACAAAGAAUUAUUUUUGGGCUGUGUUGUAUUUUAAUUAAUAAUUAUUAUCAUUGAAUUAAAACGAAAUAUUUUUCACAUUUCCCAUGUAUAUGAUUUAGUUCACUAUCACAAAUAUGUGCAGUAGAAAGGGAGAGAGAGAAAAGGAAAGAUUAAGGAGUGUAAUACACAGAGAGACAGGAGAAUAUUCAUUGAAACACAAUUGAUUUAUUAUCAUAGUUUCAUUUCGCUAAAGAAAAACAAUACGAAUCAAACUGAUCACUUUGUCUCACAAUCAGACGUUUAUUCUCUCUUCAGUUCGUUUUCGUUUUUUUCAUCAUCAUUUCUUUCUGUCCUUUUUUGUAUACUUAUGUAUACGAAAUAAAUUUUUGUGUAAUCUUU